AUGUUAACCAAGAAAAUAUCCCAAUCUCUCUCCUUAAUCGUCCUCAACCCGUUCAACGACGGCAGCGGGAACACCAUUCGCAAAUUUUCCCGAGACGUGAAAGAGAUACACGCGCAGUGUUUCCCCGAGGAACAUCGAUUCGCGACGAGAGAAGAAGGAUCGAGACGACGACAAAAAAGAGACGGCGACGAACGAGACUAUCGAGGAGAAGAAGUAGAUGACGAUCAGUUUUUCGACAGGUUGUGCGCGCUGCACGAAGAAUCGGAUCAGCUUUGGAUUUUGUUGGUCAAGGAAGAACCGAAGAAGAAGAACAAAAAGAAGAAGAGAAAACGGAACGAGACGAACGCGGAGACGAGCGAGAAAAAUCGAGUACUCACCGAGAAGUUUUCGCCGUCAAAGUUGAAAAAACAAGUCGAGUCUGCGGUGAUUGGGUUCGCGCAAGGGUGCAAAUAUACGGACUCGUGGUACGGCGUGAAUAUUGCAAUCUCGAGAAAGUACCGCGGAUUGAAAUACGGGUCCUUGCUCAUGUAUUACGGACAGUUGCACGCGGCCAAGGAUAAUGUUUUCAAAGUGAGCGCGACUGCGGAUGGGGAGAGGAAAAAGUUGGUUCGGUUUUAUGAGAAGCACGGCGCGGAAAGUGUCGUGGUGACGAACGAAACGAACGCGAGUGUGGGGUCAAAGAAGACGAGUUUGGUGAAAAUUCAAAAGACGUUCGAUGUAGAGGUUGCGGAGAGAGAGUACGAGGCGGCGGUGAGGGAGGUGCAAGACGAUCGAGUCGAGGAGAGGUUGCGAAAGAGGAAAGACAUGCGGAUGAUAGUUCUAGCCGGGGGUUAG